CAGGGGCUCCUGGGAACACGACGAUGCUGAGUGUCUGGCCUCCCUUGGCCAAGAGUGAGAAAACUCUGGAGGAGUGAACGAGAGAGAGAGAGAGAAGGAGCAGCAACAAGACAAGGAACAGAGCUGACCGCAACCCCACUGCCCAACCUGUGAUGCAGACCGGACCAUGGCUGACCAGAAUGCCUCUGACAGCCUCCACAUCACUAUCUACUCUCUGGCGCUGCUGACGGGCCUCCCGGCCAACACUCUCGCCCUCUACGCGUUCCUGUCGAAGGCGCGGCGCAAGGCAGGGCCCAACAUCAUCUUCCUCAUUAACCUGACCAUUUCCGACCUGGCCUUUCUGCUCUUCCUGCCCUUCAAGCUGGUGGAAGCGACCAAGGGCAGCCGCUGGGUGCUACCCGUUUUCCUCUGCCCCCUCAGCGGCCUCUUCUACUUCAGUGCCAUCUACAGCAGCAUCCUCUUUCUGACUGCCGUGGCAGUGGAGCGCUACCUCGGUGUCGCCUACCCACUCCGCUACAAGAUGUGCCGUAAGCCAGCACACGCCAUCCUGGUGAGCGGCCUGCUCUGGCUCUGCGCCUUCUCGCACUGCAGCAUCGUCUACAUCACUGAGUAUCGGCGCACCGGGAACAACACUGCCAACGGCACCGUCUGCUACGACAGCUUCAGUGACGACCAGCUUGGCAUCCUCUUGCCCUUCCGGCUGGAGCUGGGCAUCGUGCUCUUCUGCCUCCCGCUGCUCAUCACCACAUACUGCUACGCCAGCUUUGUGCACAUCCUCCUCUCAUCGCCACACAUCAGCCGGGAGAAGAAGCUGCGGGCGGUGGGGCUGGUGCUCACUACGCUCUUCGUCUUCCUGGUCUGCUUCGCCCCCUACAAUGUCUCACACUUCGUGGGCUACGCCCAGAACCGCAGCCCGCACUGGCGGACCGAUGCCCUCCUUCUCAGCACCUUCAACACCAGCUUGGACCCGCUCAUCUUCUAUUUCUCGUCCGGUGCCGUCAAGCGCACGUGCAGGGACUGCAUGUCUGGCAUCUGCCGCAAGCUGUCCCUGCUCAGCCCCAUGCGUCUGCUGGGGCUUGCGCCCAGCCAGUCCCGUGUCCCAGAACUCCGCAGCCAGAUCGGCACACAGACUCAAUCUUCCCGCCUCUGACACACUGCCUCUGGAGGGUAAGGGGGUCACAGAGCGGGGCGAGGGCGAGGGAGGUCACGGGGGGUCAUGUUGAUGCACCUCACAAGGGGGAUAUCAAAGGGGCACAAGUAUUUCCAAUAGAACCCCCCACUUACCCAUCUUCCCCACAGCCCACCCAACAUCGACUCCCCACCCAUCACCUUCGUGGCCCCCAUCCCCAAAACCUCCCACUCUCGCUCAUCUCUCUACCCUGGAAUCUCUGAUCCAUCAACUCCCCUCCCCAGCCCAUUUCUCUCUGUGGAGGGUUGUGUUGACCAAUCCUACAGCUGGAGCCAUCUCCUCACUGCCCAUUCUUUAUUUUGUCUCUCUUCCCUCCCACCCCGUUUUCCACCUCGUCUUCUGUCUCAUCAAUUCAGCUGGAAUGUUUGGAACUCAGCCUCCGAUUUGAGAUUCUGCAUCCACUAUCCUGAUUCACCAUGGAUUUAACACCAGACACUGGGAUAGAGACUAGACCAUCCAUGGUACUCCUGGUGUGGGUCCGACCCAGGGGUACAGAGACUGGAACUGUGCACGGUGCUCCCGGUGUGGGUCUGACCCAGGGUGCAGAGACUGGAACUGUGCACGGUGUUCCGGUGUGGGUCUGACCCAGGGACACAGAGACUGGAACUGUGCACGGUGCUCCCGGUGUGGGUCUGACCCAGGGACACAGAGACUGGAACUGUGCACGGUGCUCCCGGUGUGGGUCUGAUCCAGGGAUACGGAGACUGGAACUGUGCACAGUGCUCCUGGUGUGGGUCUGUCCCAGGGACACGGAGACUGGAACUGUGCACGGUGCUCCCGGUGUGGGUCUGACCCAGGGACACUGAGACUGGAACUGUACACGGUGCUCCCGGUGUGGGUCUGACCCAGGGAUACAGAGACUGGAACUGUGCACGGUGCUCCUGGUGUGGGUCUGAUCCAGGGAUACAGAGACUGGAAAUGUGCACGGUGCUCCCGGUGUGGGUCUGAUCCAGGGACACGGAGACUGGAACUGUGCAUGGUGCUCUGGGUUUGGGUCUAGCUCAAGGAUAUGAAAUAAUGUAAUUCAGUGAUGAAAUAAAUCUGUA